CUCUGUCGGACCUGUUGUGCGGCUCUCGGUGCGGAUCGUGCAGGUUUGUGUCUCCUCUGGACUCUGUGCGGGUUUUCUGGAAGCGGCACCGGGCCGGUCGGACCCCGGCGGACCACAGAGCUGCCCGCCGAGCUCAGGAAACGUCCUCCUGAUGAAGAACGUUCCUCCUCUUCCUCCUCAGAGACGCAGCACGUUGCCUCAACAGGUAAAGAGGAGCUGCCAUGUUGGCCUCCUCCAUCCCCCCAUCACUCCUCCUCCUCCUCCUCCUCCUCCUCCCCCCUCCCUCCCACCCUGCUGAUGUCAUCAAGCUACACGGCGCCCCCCUCUCUCAUCUGGUGCUGGACCCGGGGGCGAGGCGGCUCUACGUGGGCGGGGUCGACCACUUGUACCAGCUGACCUCUGACCUGGAGGUGAUGUCCCACGUGAGGACCGGUCCUCAAAUGGACUCCCCGGACUGCCUCCCCCCGAUCAACCCACAGGACUGCCCCUCGGCCACGCCCACUCACAACCACAACAAACUGCUGCUGAUGGAGGCGGGGGCGGAGCCAGGGAGCCUCAUCGUGUGUGGUUCACUCUACCAGGGGAUCUGUGAUAAGAGGAGUCUUUCCAACAUCUCUCAGCUCAUCUAUCAGACCUCCAACCCCGUCGACACUCAGUACGUUGCUGCCAACGACCCUCGAGUCUCCACCGUGGCCGUGGUGAUAACAACAGAGACUAAACAGGAAGGGGGUGGGGCUGGUGGUGUCCUGCGUUUGAUGCUGGUUGGUCGAGGCUACACCAGUAAAGGUCCUGGUGAUAUCCCACCAAUCACAACGCGGCGUCUGUUCCCAGUGGUGCCACCUCGCCGUGCGUUCUCUCAGGAGGAGGAACUUGGAAAACUCGUUGUAGGGAGUUACUCUGAGUAUAACAACCACUUUGUGAAGGCUGUUGCCCACGGCACCCACGUGUACUUCCUGUUCUCUCGGCGGGACAUGUGGCACAAGAAGGAGUACCGGACGUACGCCUCACGGCUCUGCAUCGCCGACCGAAGCUUCUACUCGUAUGUGGAGGUGCCGCUGCAGUGCAACGGGUACAACCUGGCUCAGGGAGCGUGGUUAGGGAACCACUCAGGUGAGCCUGCCCUGUUUGUCGUCAUGGCAGCCGGACAGGCGUCCACACCUGUAGCCACAGGUCGCUCAGCACUGUGUGUUUAUGGGAUGGCGGAGCUGGACGCCAUGCUGCAGAGAGCACAGAAGGUGUGUUACACAGAGGGAGGGCGAGGCAGCAGCGGACAGGAAGAGGCCUACAUCGAAUACGCCGUGUCAUCAAAGUGUCUCAAACUACCAAAGGAAUCUGUGAAAGAGUACCCCUGUGGGGGAGAACACACGCCGAACCCCAUCGCCAGCACCGUGCCACUCCCGGCCAUACCUACCUUCACCGCCACCACCCAGCUGACUGCUGUCACCACGGCAACAGAGGCAGGGCACACCAUCGCCUUCCUGGGAGACCGAGAGGGACGACUGCACAAGGUGUUGGUGCACUCUGAUGGGUCAGGUGACCUGUACGGCAGUGUGUUAGUGGACAGCAGCAGUGCCGUCAGCGCUGACCUCCUGUUGGACGACAGUCAGCAGCAUGUUUAUGUUUUAACCAGCAGCAGGCUGACAAAGGUUCCCGUCUCAUCAUGUGAGAGACAGACAGACUGUCAGUCCUGUCUCGCCGUCAGAGACCCGUACUGUGGCUGGUGUGUCCUGGAGGGGAGAUGUUCCCGUAAACAUCAGUGUCAGCGCCACGCGAAGCCCAACCAUUGGCUCUGGAGCUUUGAACCAACCAAUCAGUGUGUGACGGUGCAGAGCCUGCAGCCGGCCAAUCAGAGCAAAGACGAGCAGACACAGGUAACCCUGUCAGUCGUCCAGCUUCCUGCCCUCACAGAGGCGGAGUCUCUGUCCUGUGUCUUCGGCCUCCUCCCACCCCAGCCCGCCAUUGUCACAGGCACCAGCAUCACCUGUCAAUCACCUGCCCCAGAGCUCCUCCCACCCAUGCUGACAGGAAGUGAUCACAUGAUCCUGCCUGUGUCACUGAUGUUUGGUCAUGUGACCAUCACCAUGGGAAACCUGACCUUCUAUGACUGUGGAGCUGUGAGCCGCCUGAACCAGAGCUCCCAGUGUCUGGCCUGUGUCGACAGUGUGUGGAGGUGUAACUGGUGUCCUCUGGAUCAGCUCUGUACUCACAACCACAGCUGUCCCAAUCAACACAUCAUCCUCAACCAGAGGGACUCUCCUGGUCCCACGUCCUGCCCUCUGGUCUUCGCCCUGCAGAGUUCUGCCUUGGUGCCGUUGGGUCUGAGCACCACUGUGGUGCUGCGGGGACGAAACCUGGACGUGUACACGGAUGAAGCUCAGUAUGUGUGUGUGGUGGAAAUCGAAGGAGUUCAGUUUAAUCUGACGGCAGCUGUAGAGAAAACACACGACAACACACACACCUUCACCUGCAGCCCACACCAGUUUCAGUAUGCUGUCAGUCAGCUUCAGUACUCCACUGCUGUCUACCUGCGUAGAGGAGAGAGACGUAUCGACACCUCACCUGGCCUCCGACUCCAGCUGUACGACUGCUCAGCCGGCCAAUCAGAUUGCUCACAGUGCAGGGCGGUGCCGGAGGAGUAUGGCUGCGUUUGGUGCUCAGGAAGCCCCGCCCCCAGCUGCGUCUACAACCAGUCCUGUACCAGUGGACCUGCAGACACCUGCCCGCCUCCUCUGAUCACACAGGUGCUUCCCAUCUCUGGUCCUCUGGAGGGCGGAGUCAUGGUGACCAUCACAGGGUCCAACCUGGGCAUGAAGUACCAGGAUGUGUUGGGCGGAGUCACAGUGGCAGGUGUUCAGUGUACGCCCCAACCUGAAGGAUACCAGAUUUCCACCAGGGUUGUGUGUGAGCUGCAGUCCAGUGGGAAGCCGAGGGAGGGGCCUGUGCUGGUUACCGUGGGAACAACUCCACCUGGAAGGUCAACACAGAUCUUCACCUAUCAGGACCCUCAGCUCCUGGAUCUGGUUCCUGAUAAAGGUCCGGUCUCUGGAGGAACAAGACUUACAAUUAGAGGACGACAGCUGCUGACGGGACAGAAGUCCGACCUGAGCGCCUUCCUGGGACCCCAACCCUGCUACAUUGUGGAGGAGGUGACUGACACCCAGUUGGUGUGUCAGACUGGUUCCAGUUCUCAGACCAGUGAGGUUCCACUUCGGGUUCUGUUUGGUAAAGCGGAGAGAACCGUUCCCAACGUCACCUUCCGUUACCUUGACGACCCCGUCAUCACUGACGCCACACCUGCAGAGAGCUUCUAUGCAGGCGGGCGUGUCGUCAUGGUGACUGGCAGGAACCUGGGUGUCGUGCAGCAGCCAGUCAUAUCGGUGUGGGUGGAGCCUGUGGAGAUCCAGAGGGUGAAACGGAGGAAACGAUUGACUCUGCUCACCGCCAAGCAGCAGCUGGUCUUCAACAGCACCAUGACAACCGUGUCAGAGCGCUGCGCCGUCCAGUCGUCCUCUCAGAUGACCUGUCUGACCCCCUCGGUGUCCCAAGAUGUCAAAGUGAAGGGUGUCUGGUUCCAGCUGGACAACGUCCGAGUCCACUAUGAGACCAUCAAGGGUAAAAGCUUCACGUAUUAUCCAAACCCGGAGUUCUUCCCUCUGAACAAAGAAGAUCCAGAUGCUCCAUAUCGCUUCAAACCAGGAGGAGUGAUCGCUGUGGAGGGUCAGGACCUGACCAGAGCCAUAUCCAGACAGGAAGUGACAGCUCGACUCGGAGAUCAGGAGUGUGAAGUGAAAACUCUGGACAACACUCACCUGUACUGUGAACCUCCAGAGACCCAACCAAUGAGUGUGGACGACAGCAACCAGCUGCCCAGCCUCAAGGUGUUCAUGGGGAACCUGGAGGUGGACCUGGGCUUGGUUCAGUACGACAGUGAUUCUCUGCCUGUCGUCCCAUUGGCUGCUCAGAUUGGUCUGGGGGCGGGAGCAGCCGUCAUCAUCCUGUCAGUGCUGGUCGUCAUCCUCAUGUACAGGAGGAAGAGUAAACAGGCUCUCAGAGAUUAUAAGAAGGUUUUACUGCAGUUGGAAACUCUGGAGAUCAACGUGGGAGACCAGUGUCGCAAAGAGUUCACUGACCUGAUGACUGAGAUGAUGGACCUGAGCAGUGAUGUAGGAGGACCAGGACUCCCCCUGCUGGACUACAGGACGUACGCAGAGAGAGUCUUCUUCCCUGGCCAGCAGGUGGCGCCACUGAGCCGCCAGCUGGACCUCCCGGAGUCCAGGAGGCAGACUGUGGAGCAGGGCCUCCAACAGCUCAACAACCUGCUCAACAACCGACUCUUCCUCACCAGGUUCAUCCACACUCUGGAGGCCCAGCAGGGUUUCUCUCAGAGAGACCGAGGUUACGUUGCCAGUCUGCUCACUAUGGCCCUGCACGAUAAGCUGGAGUAUUUCACCGAGGUCAUGAAGAGUCUGCUGCAGGACCUGGUCCAGCAGUACGUUGCCAAGAACCCCAAACUCAUGCUACGCCGGACAGAGACAGUUGUAGAGAAGAUGUUGACCAACUGGAUGUCGAUCUGUCUCUACUCCUUCCUCAAGGAGGUGGCGGGGGAGCCUCUCUACAUGCUCUACAGAGCCAUAAAGUAUCAGGUGGAUAAAGGACCCGUUGACACGGUGACCGGUAAAGCCAAACGAACGCUGAAUGACAGCCACCUGCUGCGAGAGGACAUCGACUACUGCUCAGUGACUCUGACAGUGUUGGUGAAGAACGGAGUCGAGGUUCAGCCUUGUCCUGUUAAAGUGCUCGAUACCGACACUAUUACACAGGUGAAGGAUAAGAUCCUGGAUCAGGUGUACAGAGGAGCUCCGUUCUCUCAGAGACCAUCAGCAGACAGUCUGGACCUAGAGUGGCGUUCAGGUCAGGCGGGUCACCUGACCCUGUCGGAUGAUGAUGUCACAGCGGUGGUUCAAGGUCGCUGGAAACGACUUAACACUCUGCAGCACUACAAGGUUCCAGACGGAGCAACAGUCGCUCUGAUUCCUCGCUCUCAGAGUUCAGGUGGAGUUGGAGUCAACCAGGUUUUCCAGACUGGAGAGAAAACGCCAAUGCUAGAGGGCGAGGAGGAGGAGGGUCUGCGUCUGUGGCACCUGGUGAAGAGCAGUGAAGAUCCGGAGAUCCCAAAACACAGAAAGAGCAGCAUGAGGGAGCGGGAGAGGGCCAAGGCCAUACCUGAGAUUUACCUGACCAGACUGCUGUCCAUGAAGGGGACGCUGCAGAAGUUUGUGGACGAUGUCUUCGUGGCGAUCCUCAGUACGAAGCGUCCUCCUCCAAUCGCCGUCAGAUUCUUCUUCGACUUCCUGGACGACAUGGCUGAAAAACACGGCAUCGACGACCCAGAGACCGUCCACAUCUGGAAGACUAACAGUCUCCCUCUCAGGUUCUGGGUGAACAUCUUGAAGAACCCUCAAUUUGUUUUGGACGUUCAGGUAACUGACAGCAUCGACGCCGUUCUGUCCGUCAUCGCUCAAACCUUCAUCGACUCCUGCACCACCUCCGAGCACAAAGUGGGACGGGACUCUCCUGUCAACAAGCUGCUGUAUGCCAGAGAGAUCCCCCGCUACAAACAGCUGGUGGAGAGGUAUUACAGUGAUAUCCACAGCGCUGCAUCAGGCUGUUAUCAGGAGAUGAACUCCACUCUGACUGAAUUGUCCGGGAGUUUUGCCUCAGAGAUGAACAGUCUUGUUGCUCUUCAUGAACUCUACAAGUACAUCAACAAAUAUUACGACCAGAUCAUCAUGUCUCUGGAGGAGGACAGUUCAGGUCAGAAGAUGCAGUUGGCCUAUCGGCUGCAGCAGGUCGCCGCCCUGGUGGAGAACAAGGUCACCGACCUCUGAUGACCUCUGAUGACCUCCAACCCAGUGACCCUGAAGACACUCGGAGCUCCCACUGAGGAAGAGGAGGAUAAUGAAGCUUCUUCAGCAGCUCUGAGAGACUGAAAUUCUGGAAUUCAUGGACUCUUGUUAACACUGUGUCUUCCUGCUGUGUGUGUGUGUGUGUGUGUGUGUGUGUGUGUGUGCGCGCGCGCGUGCGUGUGUGUGUGUGUGUAUCGGGGAUAUACGAGGUUUUUAUAGUCAGACUCAGGAGAUCCCAGUUCUUUAGAUUCCUACGCUCCACAGCAGCACUCAGAGUAAACCUGAACUAAACCUGAACCCGGCGGUGGAUGACCUCACACCUGCCGGCAGUGAAAAAAACGACAAUCUAACCAAUCAGAUCAAAGAGCAUCAUCAAGACCUGCUGCCUUGCACUACAUUUCCCAGGAUUCCCUGCUGUCCUGCUGUCUGUGGAGCCCAAAAGCACAAUUGUAAUAGUUUCUAUACUGAUCACGUGUAUCGAUUAUCGACCUGCUGAUCUCAGACAUGCUGGACAUUUUUUAUCCACGAUAUUUUUUGCUUGUACGACUGAAACCAGCACGAUUCUGCAUCAGGAGCUUUAACCAGUUUAUAUUAACGCAAUAAGUGAAUCAGGGAGUGUUUCUCAAAUCACAUUUUCAGUGUGACUCCAGUUUGUAAAGCUAACAUCUCAAACUAAACCCUCAACCUGGAGCUUCUCUGGUGACCUCAACCCCUGACGACCUCAGGACCAGACCCGCACUGGUUCCCAUUCUUCCCAGUCUUCCUCAGUCCAGAUUGACUCACCAGGGUUCUCAGGUUUAAGAGUACAUUUUGAUCGGACCUGACAAGUGCUGCAGUUUCAUUUAUCAGCCAAUCAGCACACAACAGAGUCUUGGCGUGAAGAAGGAUGGAGUUUAGCCCAGUGAUGCUACGGAGACAGUUGUGCUACCGUAGAGCUACAGAGGUCAUGUCCAUCUUCUGAUUCGACAAAGAUGUGUUUGAUGGAAAAUUAAGUAAUUAACAGUUCAGACAGGAAAGGAUUGUAAGACCGACUUCACAUGUAGACUCGGUUUCUAAGCCCAGUUCAGACCAAAGAUUCACAUUCUCUAGUCAACAACUCUCUGUACUUCUGAUCUGUAACGUUGACAGCAGUAACCCACCAUCUGACACCGGCACACUGUGAGGACAGAAACAGAGGGCUCGGUGGGGACGGAGCACCUGCUGCAGCAAACCAACACGCUGUCUAUGGUCAUUUUGACUUGACCAGCAGACUUCACUACAAGCUGAUUGGCUGUUGAAACAGAUGACGUGCUUUAAAACCAGCCGCCGGCCAUUUGACCAGCUGAAUGUCAGGUGACGCCAUCAGCCGGCUUGAGUCGAGCUCAGACCGACCAGUUCACACUGCUGACACUUUUCUCUGCAACGUUGUUAAAUGGUUUCGUCUUGUCACCAAUCUUUGGUCUGAACUGGACUUUAACAAUUACCUCGAUGCAGGUGGGAUUUUACCUGGAGAGCCACCUGACCAGCUGCCUCAGCAUGUAGUUUACAAGCUAAUGAUGUAGCUAAGUUGCUAGCUAGCUUCCUCAAGAGCAGACGAAGGAAUCUGUGCAUUUUUUAUAUGAGAAUGAAAAACAAUAAUGACUAAUGUGAAACUCGAGUCACACUGAAAAUAAACUGAAACAUUAAAGUUGCUGAAGAAACAAAGAGCUGACAGACGAUAAAAACAAUCUGAAAUCUGGGGGGGAGGAGUUUAAACGGUGUGUAUGUGUGUGUGUGUGUGUGUGUGUGUGUGUGUGUUAGCUAGUUACUAACUUAUUACAUGUACAUACUGUAAGUCCUAUUUAUACCUAUUUAUCCCAGCUGUGCCUUCACUCUUGCAGCUAGGUGGCGCUGUCUGUUCUUACAGCAGCCUUAUUGAUCAUGUGUCCCAGUGCAUCAUGGGAAGAUAAAUGCAUUUUAAUGUUUAACUCUUAUUGAAGCAGGGAGGAAAAACAACAACAGACUCAUCGUGUACAGAAACCCCAAACAGCCAGAGUAUCACUACACAGAUAGCAUAGCAUCACUCACUAGACUGAGCCGGAAUUGUUUUCCAACGUCAAGAAUAGACCCUUUCAGGGCCGACGUCACAAUGACGCCAUUUUAUUAUCUGGAGGUGCAGCUGCCUCUCCCCCACAGGGCUGUAGGCUCCAUAGGAGUGUUAAAAUGUGUUUGUCUUGUUGUGUUAUUGGGAGCCAGAAUAGAAGGAGUCAUGGCUCAAAACCAGCCGCCACUGCCCGUCAACAAAAACAAAGACAACUAUGGUUAAAUGUGAUAAGACCAAAGGACUGGACGGAGGCCAUCAUCAAAAAUGCUCACAUGUGCAGCGCACACUUCAUAUCAGGUUAGGGAAAAAGUAUUUCCUGUUGUAGGGAUGAAUAAGGUUAUGUGUAUUAAGGGUUAUCAUGUCCACCUCAUCAGAAACUGGGGAGGGAUUAAGAGGAAUAUUGGAUUUCUCUGGAACGCUAACUUUUUAGCACAUUAGCUAACGUUAGCUUCCAUAGCAAAACAAACAAGUGUGGUCCUCCUUUGUAAGAUUGGCUUCCUGUGACAUCAUCCAUCCACUGAGUGAGAGCAUACGGGUCGGCCAGUCUGGUCCCGUUGGUCAGUGUUUACUUAUUCAAGUAACACUGGCGGUCCCGGAGAGUGAGUGACCUGACAUGGUGCGUUGGUAAAUUCAGUCUGACGCUCUACACUAAAAUGAGAGCCCUGUUGGUGGAAGAAACGGAGCGUUAUAUUUCUACAUGAAUGAACCAACGGUUAAGUUAAUCACACAUUCACUCCGCUCGGCGCUCUGCUGCUCCGUCUCCACAGACAGAGUGUCCAGAGUGCGCUCUGCCACUCUGAGAGUGCGCUGCUCUGGAUAACCCAACGCUACAUUCAGACAGCGCUCCCAAUUUAUCAACGCUCCAGUUUGUGUCAGAGUGCGCUCCCACACUCACAAUGAGUGUUUCUGAACGCACCACUCACAUCAUCUUCCUCCAUCGUUUAAAACAAGACAACACAACUUGCUAGCUAGCGCUAGCUAAUGUCUGUGGAGACUUGUUUUGCCUCCAGCUAAGCCCCGCCCACCAAAAACAUAAUUCUGUUUACUAACAGUAAUAGGCUCUAUUAAGUGUCUAGUUAAACGAUGCUCUGAGUUUAUAACGCACUGUUUGGUCCUAUAUGCUCUUAUGUUAAUCUUGUAUAAACAGUGUGAAUUGUUGUCGUCAGGAGAAUCAAACUGUGACAUCAGUGAACAAACAGCUACAGCCGCCAUGCCACCAGACACCCACGUAUCAGAUAUUUGAAUCAAGACGCCUCAGUGUGUGUUCUCUCUAUGAAGAUGCUGUUUUUAGCCCGCUGAUGUUACAACAGCUACAAACCUUUUGACUAUCGACAGCUAGCAUAUGAUUUUAUCUAUUUUUACUUGGCUGACAGCUACAUGUUUCGUUGUUUCUGAUAUUAAGGAGUUGUACUGUCAGACAGGCUGAAUCCAAAUAUCUGACAGACUCACAGAUGUUAUCUUGUAUAAAAAAAUCAAUACUAAUUAUUAGAAAUGGUUUUUAUUGAACCAAGACAAAAACCGUUGGGCCACAUGUGAUGGGAGGGUUUCAUCUGAAGAUAUCAUCUGUAGGUUUAGUGUAGACCACAUGUCCACCUGUCUCUGGCUCGAUGUAGAGCAGCACAAAUAACUGUAUAAAGCAACAAACUUUGAGGUUUCAGGUCAAAAAGCUGGAAACAUCUCAGAGUGCCGUUUAUUGAUGUGAUGACGUCUGCCUGCAGGUCCAGUUAGAGGUUUGGAUUCAGCCUUGAGAUCAUUGUCUAUGUCUCCAUGGCAACAGUUUGUUGUUUUAGCUAUUGUUUUUUUUUUUUGGUUUUUUUUUGUUUUUUUCACAAAGUGAUGAUUCAGCUGGUGUGGAGUUUUAUUUAGUUUUCAUGUGCAACUCUGUGGGACAGGAUACUUCCUGGACUCUCCUAAAGGUGUGUUCACACCGAACGUGAAGCAAACAUUUUGCAUGGCGAGUAUACGCACAAAGUCAGUGAUGUACAGAGACGGAACAAAACAGGAGAGGGCUCUGAGAUAUGUGAGCGAAGCCAUAGAACUUCAUAUUGAGUUCUGAAGAUGUGUAUCUGUGUUUUGUGUAAAGCUGUUUUGUCGAGUUGCUUCUUAGCAAAAUGUUCUGAGAAAUUAAAGCUGGUCUUUUAUUGCGGAAGGCAACAGAAGGGGGAAGCAGUAACACGCUGCUGUGGCAGUAUGAAAAGUAAGUGUUGACAUCUUGGUUCAGAACACGUUCUGUCGGGUGUACUUUGCUGUAAACCAAGUUAGCUGUUAGUUGCCUUCCAGUCAGUUACAAUGCUGUUAAGGGCGAAUAUUCGCCAGUUGGGAAAUACUCCAAAAAUCACCACAGUGGCCAUUUUUGCGUGGCUAACGCACGCAAAAAUUUGCUUCGCAUUCUGUGUAAACACGGCUUACAUCCUGGACUCUCCUGACAGGAUACUUACUGGACUCUGCCUACAGGAUAUUUCCUGGACUUUCCUGACAGGAUACUUCUGGACUCUCCUGACAGGAUACUUCUGGACUUUCCUGACAGGAUACUUCUGGACUCUCCUGACAGGAUACUUCCUGGACUCUCCUGACAGGAUACUUCUGGACUCUCCUGACAGGAUACUUCUGGACUUUCCUGACAGGAUACUUCCUGGACUCUCCUGACAGGAUACUUCUGGACUUUCCUGACAGGAUACUUCUGGACUUUCCUGACAGGGCACUUCCUGGACCCCCGUUGUAUGUUUUCGGUGUAAAUGGACUCCAGCUGAAACCGAACCCAUCGGCCGAUAAAUAACUGGACUCUUUUCUGCUGCUGAACUGAACCAGAACCAGAUGUUGUUAUAAACGAGGCGUUUGCGGAACGAUCUUCCUCCUGCUGGUCCCAGCUUCUCUACUUUUCUUCUUCUAAUAUUUCUGAUGAUUAUCGCUGUUUAAUCUGAACAUCUCUCCUCUGUGUUUUUGCCUGGUGUGUUUUUUGAGCCUGUGUUUGACCCGUAGUUGUAGUUCUCUGAUCAUAUUAGAAUUCUGCAUGCGUGUGAUGAUGAUGAUGAUGAAGAUGAAGAUUUACGGUGCUUCUUUAAGCUAAUUUCUUUUCAAAUAAAGACACACGUCGGUGUCACUGAUGAUUUAUGUAGAUGGAUGACGAAGGUCAGGUUUGACCUUUGACCUCCUGAUCUCUGUACAGUUUUCUAAUCUUCUGGGACAGGAUGAAACAGAUCCUCAGCUCUGAUUGGUCGAGCUCUGUUUGUUACUGAAACGUUUUUUCUACAAGGGAAUAAAAACUUUAAAGGGUUUGUAUAAAAUGAAUCCAGAAUCAGUUGUAAAGAAGCACAGACUGCUUUUCUACUGAUUGUGUACAGUUUGCUAACAGUGUGUAAAUGUGCCUGUAAAUACCUGUCUGAGGAUGAUGAUGAUGAUGAUGAUGAAGACGAGUCAGUCUGCAAUGGAAAUGUGUUUUUAUUGUGAAGAGGCAGGAGGCCAAACACAAUUUGUAUCAUGUAAAAAUAAAGUUAUAAUUUUAACAGUU